CCGCCCUCCAGGUGGGUGUGAGCUCACUGCGGCGCUCGGUGCCGGCUCUUCCCGCUGCAGCCGCCGAGUGACGUCACUCCGGUUCCCAGCACUCCCCGCGCGGCGGACCGUUACCCUCAGGAUGGCGCUCUGUGUGAGGAAACUCCGCGCGGCCCCGGCCCUGGGAAAUAGGUGGAGGAAUGGAGCCCGCGGGGCGGGAGGAGCGGCCGGGAGACUGCGCGAGGGGAACCGGGUGAGACUGACCGACCGGAAAUACCGACUGACUGACCGGAAAUACCGACUGACUGACCGGAAAUACCGACUGACUGACCGGAAAUACCGACUGACUGACCGGAAAUACCGAGAGCUUUAGAGAGCGACUUACUGAAUGUUCUGAAAGCUUUGCGGAGAGACCGGCCGGAUACACCGAGUUACAUACCAUAUAGAGGGACUGUGUGUAUUAUAGAGAGAGAGAGAGAGAGAGAGAGAGAGAGUUACAUUCCAUAUAGAGGGACUGUGUGUAUUAUAGAGAGAGAGAGAGUUACAUUCCAUAUAGAGGGACUGUGUGUAUUAUAGAGAGAGAGAGAUAGAGAGUUACAUUCCAUAUAGAGGGACUGUGUGUAUUCUAGAGAGAGAGAGAGAGUUACAUUCCAUAUAGAGGGACUGUGUGUAUUAUAGAGAGAGAGAGAGUUACAUUCCAUAUAGAGACUGUGUGUAUUAUAGAGAGAGUUACAUUCCAUAUAGAGGGACUGUGUGUAUUAUAGAGAGAGAGAGAGAGAGAGAGAGAGAGAGAGAGAGAUACAUUCCAUAUAGAGAUAGAGGGACUGUGUGUAUUAUAGAGAGAGAGAGAAAGUUACAUUCCAUAUAGAGGGACUGUGGUAUUAUAGAGAGAGAGAGAGAGUUACAUUCCAUAUAGAGGGACUGUGUGUAUUAUAGAGAGAGUUACAUUCCAUAUAGAGGGACUGUGUGUAUUAUAGAGAGAGGGUCUGUGUGUAUUAUAGAGAGAGAGAGAGUUACAUUCCAUAUAGAGGGACUGUGUGUAUUAUAGAGAGAGAGAGUUACAUUCCAUAUAGAGGGACUGUGUGUAUUAUAGAGAGAAAGAGAGAGUUACAUUCCAUAUAGAGGGACUGUGUGUAUUAUAUAGAGAGAGAGAGUUACAUUAUAGAGGGACUGUGUGUAUGAGAGAGAGAGAGUUACAUUCCAUAUAGAGGGACUGUGUGUAUUAUAGAGAGAGAGAGAGAGAGAGAGAGUUACAUUCCAUAUAGAGGGAGUGUGUGUAUUAUAGAGAGAGAGAGAGAGAGAGAGUUACAUUCCAUAUAGAGGGAGUGUGUGUAUUAUAGAGAGAGAGAGAGUUACAUUCCAUAUAGAGGGACUGUGUGUAUUAUAGAGAGAGAGAGAGUUACAUUCCAUAUAGAGGGACUGUGUGUAUUAUAGAGAGAGAGAGAGUUACAUUCCAUAUAGAGGGACUGUGUGUAUUAUAGAGAGAGAGAGAGUUACAUUCCAUAUAGAGGGACUGUGUGUAUUAUAGAGAGAGAGAGAGUUACAUUCCAUAUAGAGGGACUGUGUGUAUUAUAGAGAGAGAGUUACAUUCCAUAUAGAGGGACUGUGUGUAUUAUAGAGAGAGAGAGAGAGUUACAUUCCAUAUAGAGGGACUGUGUAUAUUAUAGAGAGAGAGUGAGUUACAUUCCAUAUAGAGAGAGAGAGAGAGUGUUACAUUCCAUAUAGAGGGACUGCGUGUAUUAUAAAUGUUAAAUCCCUUUAUAGAGAGACCCGGGCUAUUCAAUAAAGUGAGAAUCAUCGGGAAUUCAAAGUCAGUCUCACAUUUAUGGCCAAAGUAGCCGAACUGGACACAUAGCUGAAUUGAAGAUUGUUUUAAUUUGCGCUUUUUAUUACUUAAAAAUCACCUUGAAUUACCAACAAUUUUCAUUUUAGUGAUUAACCCAGGAAGUCUGUGUGCAAAUAUACACGGACUGUGUACCUUGAGAGGCUGUGCUCCCUUACUGAUUGCCCAAUGUACAUUCUUAGAAUCACAUUGUCUGUCCUCGCGAUCCCAUCCCCAGCACUCUCAGCACUCUGCGAUCCCAUCCCCGGCACUCUCAGCACUCGGCGCUCCCAUCCCCGGCACUCUCAGCACUCGGCACUCUCAGCACUCGGCGCUCCCAUCCCCGGCACUCUCAGCACUCGGCGAUCCCAUCCCCGGCACUCUCAGCACUCGGCGAUCCCAUCCCCGGCACUCUCAGCACUCGGCGAUCCCAUCCCCGGCACUCUCGGCGCUCCCAUCCCCGGCACUCUCGGCACUCGGAGAUCCCAUCCCCAGCUCUCGGCGAUCCCAUCCCCAGCACUCUCAGCUCUCGGCGAUCCCAUCCCCAGCACUCUCAGCUCUCGGCGAUCCCAUCCCCAGCACUCUCAGCACUCGGCGAUCCCAUCCCCAGUUCUCGGCGAUCCCAUCCCCAGCACUGUCAGCACUCGGCGAUUCCAUCCCCUUACAAGUCUACUUCAUAAAACCCAGUUUAAGCUAGCACAGAUCCUAGUGGUUUAUUCACUAAACAUUGAAUUGUAGCAAAAUAAAAAAUCUGAAUGGCAACAUUUAAGCUAAAAUAGAAUUUUACCAUUUCGAUUUUAGGUUGCUAUGAUUUGGAGUUUGCUGAAUAAAGUACAUUGAUGUACGGAGCAGGUUUAAUAUUUGUAUUCGUGUUUUUUUGCUGAUAUUCUAAUUCUGUGCAUCCAUAAUAUUUAUUUCCAGUUCCGUGCUGUCACCUGGGAUCCAGAGCUGAGCCCCCGUCCUCGUAUCCCUGCUCCCCACAGACAUCCUUUGCCUUCAGUACGUAGUGCGGUUUUACCACAAGCCAAGCACGAGGGCUCCCGGAUGCACCCAUCUCAGAGCAGGCAUGUCAAAGCCCUGCGACAGCUGCAAGAGAUUUUACAGUACAGUAAAGGACAGUCAUCUACACAACUUAUACCUUAUCAGCCCGGUGCCAAGUCUGUAGAUAUAUGCCCAUUGGGAAGAGAGAGCUGGUAUUUGAGCAGUGCCCAGUUGGACUGUUUCAGAAGUUUGUUUGAACCAGGAGUGUGUCGAACUCCAUACCAGGAUCUGGCAUGCACCUCUCCUAGUAUUCAGAAAGGAGUGCUAGCUUUUCAGCUAAGUAAGAAGGUUGGAGUGAGUCCCUCGCCAGGAGGAAACCAGGAGGACAUGGAGCAGCACUUGGCAAUAAUGCACGCAAAGCUGAGGGAAGAAGUGAGUACCGCUCUGACCGCCCAUAUUCCCACUCACUAUAACUAGAACUACUGAUAAAUCCAGAGCUAAACACACGAGUGCAUGUAACUGCUUUGAAAAAUCCGCCUCCCUAACUGUCUUCUAAGAUAGAUCUUUAUAUCAAACACUGUUGCUUUAUGCUCUAACAGAUCACUGUAGAUUUAAGAAAAGGUAGUAAUGUCAUUAUUUAAUAACUGCAAUAGUCAAUGUUUGUUCCAAAUUGUAUAUACCCUGUUAGCAUUCUGUUGUCAAGUAAGGUGUGCCCUGCAGGACACUCUGUGUCAGGCAAAGAGUAAGAUAUAUUCAUAUUUCCAUUAUUAAUUGCAGUGUGUGUUCACUAUUACAGUGAGCGUGUGCAUUGUCUGUGCUCAGUAUUUACUGUGUGUGUACUCAGUGUUCUUACUGUUGACUUAUGCAGUGUGUGUGCGCUCGGUGAUACUAUUGGCACGUGCAGCAUGUGUGCUCAGUGUUCUUACUGUUGGCUUAUGCAGUGUGUGUGCUCAGUGUUCUUACUGUUGGCUUAUGCAGUGUGUGUGCGCUCGGUGAUACUAUUGGCACGUGCAGUGUGUGUGCUCGGGGUUCUUACUGUUGGCUCGUGCAGUGUGUGCGUGCUCAGUGUUACUGUUGGCCCAUGCUGUGUGUGUGUGUGUGCACUCAAUAUUCUUACUGUUGGCUCAUGCAAUGUGUGCUCUGUGUUACUGUUGGCUCAUGCAGUGUGUGUGUGUGUGUGUGUGUGUGUGUGUGUGUACUCCGUGUUCUUACUGUUGGCUCGUACUGUGUGUGUGUGCGCGCUCACUGUUUUUACUGUUGGCUCGUGCAGUGUGUGUGCGCGUGCUCAGUGUUACUGUUGACUCGCGCUGUGUGUGUGCACCCAUUGUUCUUACUGUUGGCUCGUGCUGUGUGUGCGUGCUCAGUGUUAAUGUUGGCUUAUGCAUUGUGUACGUGCUCAGUGUUCUUACUGUUGGCUCGUGCAGUGUGUGUGUGCUCAGUGUUAAUGUUGGCUUAUGCAUUGUGUACGUGCUCAGUGUUCUUACUGUUGGCUCGUGCAGUGUGUGUGUGCUCGGGGUUCUUACUGUUGGCUCGUGCAGUGUGUACGUGCUCAGUGUUCUUACGGAUGGCUCGUGGAUUGUGUGUUCAGUGUUUUUACUAUUGGCUCGUGCAGUGUGUGUGUGCGCUCAGUAUUACUCUUGGCUCAUGCAGUGUGUGCACUCAAUGUUCUUACUGUUGGCUCGUGCAGUGUGUGCGCGCUCAGUGUUCUUACCGUUGUCUCGUGCAGUGUGUGUGUGCUCAGUGUUAGUUGACUUGUGCAGUGUGUGCUCAGUGUUCUUACUGUUGGCUCACGCUGUGUGUGCUCAGUGUUUUUACUGUUGGCUUAUGCAGUAUGUGCGCGCUCAGUGUUACUGUUGGCUCGUGCAGUUUGUGUGCUCAGUGUUCUUACUGUUGGCUUAUGCAGUAUGUGCGCGCUCAGUGUUACUGUUGGCUCGUGCAGUGUGUGCGUGCUCAGUGUUCUUACGGAUGGCUCGUGCAGUGUGUACGUGCUCAGUGUUCUUACGGAUGGCUCGUGGAGUGUGUGUAUGCGCUCAGUAUUACUAUUGGCUCAUGCAGUGUGUGCGCUCAGUGUUCUUACUGUUGGCUCGUGCAGUGUGUGUGCUCAGUGUUCUUACUGUUGGCUCGUGCAGUGUGUGUGCGCUCAGUGAUACUGUUGGCUCGUGCUGUGUGUGUGCUCUGGGUUCUUACUGUUGGCUCAUGCAGUGUGUGCUCUCAGGGUUCUUACUGUUGGCUUGUGCAGUGUGUGUGCUCGGGGUUCUUACUGUUGGCUCGUGCAGUGUGUGUGCGCUCAGUGAUAUUGUUGGCACGUGCAGUGUGUGCUCUCAGUGUUCUUACUGUUGGCUUAUGCAGUGUGUGUGCGCUCAGUGUUCUUACGGAUGACUCGUGCAGUGUUACGUGUUCAGUGUUCUUACUGUUGGCUCGUGCUGUGUGUGCUCAGUGUUUUUACUAUUGGCUUGUGCACUGUGUGUGUGCGCUCAGUAUUACUCUUGGCUCAUGCAGUGUGUGCUCUCAGUGUUCUUACUGUUGGCUUAUGCAGUGUGUGUGCGCUCAGUGUUCUUACGGAUGACUCGUGCAGUGUUACGUGUUCAGUGUUCUUACUGUUGGCUCGUGCUGUGUGUGCUCAGUGUUUUUACUAUUGGCUUGUGCACUGUGUGUGUGCGCUCAGUAUUACUCUUGGCUCAUGCAGUGUGUGCGCUCAUUGUUCUUACUGUUGGCUUGUGCAGUGUGUGUGUGCUCGGGGUUCUUACUGUUGGCUCGUGCAUUGUGUGCGCUCAGUGUUCUUACUGUUGGCUUAUGCAGUAUGUGCGCGCUCAUUGUUACUGUUGGCUCGUGCAGUUUGUGUGCUCAGUGUUCUUACUGUUGGCUCGUGCAGUGUGUUCGUGCUCAGUGUUCUUACGGAUGGCUCGUGGAUUGUGUUCAGUGUUUUUACUAUUGGCUCGUGCAGUGUGUGUGUGUGUGUGUGCUCAGUGUUAGUUGACUUGUGCAGUGUGUGCUCAGUGUUCUUACUGUUGGCUCGUGCAGUGUGUGUGUGCGCUCAGUGAUACUGUUGGCACGUGCAUUGUGUGCGCUCAGUGUUCUUACUGUUGGCUUGUGCAGUGUGUGUGUGCUCGGGGUUCUUACUGUUGGCUCAUGCUGUGUGUGCUCAGUGUUUUUACUGUUGGCUUAUGCAGUAUGUGCGCGCUCAUUGUUACUGUUGGCUCGUGCAGUUUGUGUGCUCAGUGUUCUUACUGUUGGCUUAUGCAGUAUGUGCGCGCUCAGUGUUACUGUUGGCUCGUGCAGUUUGUGUGCUCAGUGUUCUUACUGUUGGCUCGUGCAGUGUGUACGUGCUCAGUGUUCUUAUGGAUGGCUCGUGGAUUGUGUGUGUUCAGUGUUUUUACUAUUGGCUCGUGCAGUGUGUGUGUAUGCGCUCAGUAUUACUGUUGGCUCAUGCAGUGUGUGCGCUCAGUGUUCUUACUGUUGGCUCGUGCAGUGUGUGUGCUUAGUGUUCUUACUGUUGGCUUAUGCAGUGUGUGCGCUCAGUGUUCUUACUGUUGGCUCGUGCAGUGUGUACGUGCUCAGUGUUCUUACGGAUGGCUUGUGCAGUGUGUACGUGCUCAGUGUUCUUACGGAUGGCUCGUGGAGUGUGUGUUCAGUGUUUUUACUAUUGGCUCGUGCAGUGUGUGUGUGUGCUCAGUGUUCUUACUGUUGGCUCGUGCAGUGUGUGUGCUCAGUGUUCUUACUGUUGGCUCGUGCAGUGUGUGUGCUCAGUAUUUUUACUGUUGGCUCGUGCAGUGUGUGUGCGCUCAGUGAUACUGUUGGCACGUGCAUUGUGUGCACUCAGGGUUCUUACUGUUGGCUUGUGCUGUGUGCGCUCAGUGUUUUUACUGUUGGCUUAUGCAGUAUGAGCGCGCUCAUUGUUACUGUUGGCUCGUGCAGUUUGUGUGCUCAGUGUUCUUACUGUUGGCUCGUGCAGUGUGUGCUUAGUGUUACUGUUGGCUUAUGCAGUAUGAGCGCGCUCAUUGUUACUGUUGCCACGUGCAGUGUGUGUGCGCUCAGUGUUCUUACUGUUGGCUUAUACAGUGUGUGUGCGCUCACUGUUCUUACUGUUGGCUCUUGCAGUGUGUGUGUGUGUGUGCGCUCAGUGUUGCUGUUGGCUUAUGCAGUGUGUGUGUGUGUGCGCUCAGUGUUCUUACUGUUGGCUCGUGCAGUGUGUGUGUGUGCUCAGUGUUACUGUUGACUUGUGCAGUGUGUGCUCAGUGUUCUUACUGUUGGCUUGUGCAGUGUGUGUGCUUGGGGUUCUUACUGUUGGUUUGUGCAGUGUGUGCGUGCUCAGUGUUACUGUUGGCUUAUGCAGUGUGUGUGUGUGUGUGCGCUAAGUAUUCUUACUGUUGGCUCGUGCUGUGUGUGCUCUCAGUGUUACUUUUGGCCCGUGCAGUGUGUGUGUGUGUGUACUCCGUGUUCUUACUGUUGGCUCGUACUGUGUGUGUUUAGUGUUUUUACUGUUGGCUCGUGCAGUGUGUGCGCGCUCAGUGUUUUUACUGUUGGCUCGUGCAGUGUGUGCGCGCUCAGUGUUUUUACUGUUGGCUCGUGCAGUGAGUGCCUGCUCCGUGUUCUUACUGCUGGCUUGUGCAGUUUGUGCUCAGUGUUCUUACUGUUGGCUCGUGCAUUGUGCGUGUGUGCAUUCAGUGUUUUUACUGUUGGUUUGUGCAGUGUGUGCACUCAGAGUUACUGUUGGCUCACACAGUGUGCGUGUGUGCUCAAUGUUUUUUUAUUGAAGGCUUGUGCUGUGUGUUUGCGCUCAGUGUUUUUACUGUUGGCUUGUGCUGUGUGUUUGCGCUCAGUGUUUUUACUGUUGGCUUGUGCUGUGUGUUUGCGCUCAGUGUUUUUACUGUUGGCUCGUACAGUGUAUACGCACAGAAAGAUGUUACAAAAGUUCUAAACCUAGCUUGACCUACAUCCACAGCAGUACUGAACCAAAGACUGAUUAGCAGAUAAGCAAUACUUUCUCUAACAGUUUAACGCCUUAGACCACACCCUUAAGAAUCAUUAUCAGCCCCUGUAGAACCCACCCUCAUACAUUGUCCUGCUUAAUUUGUUCUAUGCAGCCCUGCUACUGUUAAAUUAGUCCGAUAUUUCAUUUGGUAUAGAAGUGUUGAUAGCUGGUUUAUUAUGAUGGAAAUAUUCUAUCACUGGUCCAAAAGGACCCAGAAACAGAACAAAUCUGAAACUGGCCCCAAUGUCAUUAGGGCAACCCCCUGAAAAUGAAACAUCAAUGAUGUCCAUUGAGUAUUGCCCCUCCCAUAGAACCUUGCUCCUCCCCUUCUUCCUCCGAUAUAACCUUGCUCCUCCCCUUCUUCCUCUGAUAUAACCUUGCUCCUCCCCUUCUUCCUCCGAUAUAUAACCUUGCUCUCACUUUCAUCUUUCUCCAUCCUGUAGUGCAUUUCCAUUGUCUCACAUUUGUUUGUUUACCAAUAAUAUCUGGCCUUUCUUUUGUAGUUGCCGAUGAUGAUGAAGAGACUGGAUUUUUCUAUAUACAGGAAAGACGUGGAGUUUGUCAGUAGCAUGCUACACAUACACACACGGUGAGAGCCUCUCUAUAUUGGUACUUCCCCUCCAUAAUUCUCCUGCUGCGAUCUGGCUGAUCAUGAGCUUUUUCUUACAGAGGUCUCGUUCUGUACCAGCUGCUUGUGUCACUCUCCCGACUGCUGUUUCUGAGUUAUUUUUCCAAUACCCAUGUCUCUGUCCUGAAGUUGACGACUCACCCAGAAACCUGCAGUAUCCAGGCUCGCUGGUCAGUCUCAGGCCUUCCCCUGCACUCUGUUUUCUUUUACAUUUUCCGCACGGACAAAGCAGAGCUAUACAGGUUAGCAUUUUCUUUGACUGGAGGCAGGUGACACUGCCUUUAUAUUUUAUAUACGCUUUGACCCAUAACCUGAUUCUAAUAUUUAUGUUUUCAGUACAUAUGAUGCUCACUCCACCUUUUAUUUGGCUGCUGAUGGUCUGAUACGUCUACAUAAAUUGGAGCAGGUGAGUAUAUUAAAGCCUGGUGACUGAGCCUAACCAAUAAGUAUACACCGACAUGGACUCUUCAUUUAGUGAUUCAGUGACCUAGAAAUACUGGAUAUUAGUCUGUUUAUAAUCCUACAGAGUAGAAUGGAAAUAGAGGGUGCGCCCUGUAGCCAUACACCGCUAUAAAGGUGCUGGCAGUCUGUGUCUAAUCCAUAGGAAAAGAGGGAAAGUAGUUAAAUCUUGACCUAUAGCAAUUUAAUGACACAGACAAUCAAUCAAGCCCAUAUCUCCCAACAUUUCUAAUCGACGAAGAGGGUAACUUUCAUUUCGGGCGUGUGAUCAGACACCAAUGGUAGAGAGCUCAUAGAAAAGAGGGACAAUUGGGAGGUAUGCUCAUACAGGUAAAGGAGACCCACAGUUAUACACUAAGACAGACUGAAUUGAGAUAAGAGUGUAAGCUUAUGGAGUUUUUAGUCUGAGCCUCCCACGUAUGGAGUGGUCCUUGCAGGAAGAUAGGAUGUCUACCUUUCUAAAGUUAUUCUUCAUAUAUCUCUCUGUGUAGGUGAUGCCCUCUGCGCCGCUCACACUUCCCAAGAAGACUGUCCUUGCCGCCGCCCUAAUCGCCCUGGGACUUGGAGAGCAUCGCCCGGCAUUAAAUCUUCUAUCUUCCCGUAAAAUAGUCCACAAACUCUGAUAUCUGAUGAUUGGAAGUGUAUGUUUUUCUUUGCACGUUGCUGCUGCUUAGGACAUGUUAUCUAAGCGACCUUCAGUGUAGGAAUUUCCACUUAAAUCUUCUAGCCAGCAAAGGCUUAGGAAAUGCCCUCUGCUUCCCGAUCGCAAGGAGCAAAGUAAACUCCUGAUAGUAUUAUCCAGCGGCUAAUAAACACUGACCUAACCAUAUGGGUGGUGGGAAAAAGGAUGGCAUUAAAAUUGGUAAUCAUGGGCCAACAACCUGUACCUGUUGAGCAAGUGGGAGGAGCAGGGGCUGUGUACCCACCUUACCCACCCCAUUUCCUCUGUACUGGUCACCGUAUUGGAGAGAAUAUGAAGGUGUCUGACACUGUGGAGCAUGUAGGACCAAGCUAGGAGAUUAACAAAUAUUGCUGUGGGUGCAGAUCCUCAGUAUUUCCCACUAGAUCACUGGGUAAGGGCUGGAUUUACAGCAGGACAUCCUGUAUCUUAUUAAAUUCGUUCCAUGAGCCCCUUCUAAGGUGGAGUUCAUCACCCGCUGGAGAGUCUACAGGAGGCUUGUUGCUGCAUUAGAGGAUGCACCUUAACCUGUGGCUUAUUAAGGUUCUUCCCAUCUGCCUUCAUUCUCCCUGUCAUCUUUCAUUCUGUAUGAAACCACUGCUGGAGGCUGGUUAUGAUGUCCCCCUGCUGAGAUGCACUGUACGCAUGAAUGUGUAACAUAUACUGUAUAUAAUUAAAUUAUAACAAGUGUCCUACAA